AUGGCCAGAGGAAAUCAAAGAGAAUUAGCAAGAGCCAAAAAUAUGAAGAAACAAGAAGACCUUAAGAAGAGUCAGAAACUAGGGGAUAAGAACAAGAGAAUGCAGAAUGAUGCCGACAAAAUGAGAGAGAAACAAGCUGCAGGAGGCAGAGAAAGCGGAGGAUGCAGAGGAUGCAGAGGAAGCCAGCAGAAUGCAGAGAGAGAAACAGAGGAAGCGGGUGGUGGACUGUUGGAUCAUAUGGGAGAAAAGCUAUCAUUUCACGAUGUUCAAACCAAAGAUGGAACUACAAUGCGUAUUUUUGUUUUCCAUCCUAAGGUGCCCAACUAUCCCAAUGUCAAAUUUCCUGGGGUUAUAGUAUACAGUGAAAUUUAUCAAGUUUCACCUCCAGUGGCUCGAUUUGCUAAGGAUAUCGCAGGUCAAGGUUUCAUUGUUGCUGCUCCAUCGGUUUAUCAUAAUUUCGAAGGACCCGAGCCAUUGGAGUACAAUGAUGAAGGUACCGACAAGGGUAAUAACUACAAGAUUCAAAAAGAAUUGAAGUCGUAUGACGAAGAUGCAGAUUUGACGAUAAAGUACUUGUUGAGCUUAUCCACAUGCAAUGGAAACAUAGGUGCUACAGGUAUGUGUCUUGGUGGACAUUUGGCUUUCAGAACUGCCUUGGAUUCCAGAAUUAAGGCAGCAUUUUGCUUUUUUGCUACCGAUAUCCACAAACACUCUUUGGGUAAAGGAAUGAAUGAUGACUCCUUGAAGAGAUGUAAUGAAAUCAAGGGGGAAUUGGUUAUGAUAUUUGGAGAUAAGGACACUCACGUUCCUUUAGAAGGAAGAGACUUGAUUAGAAGCGAAUUGAGACGCAACAAGGUUCAAAUGACCUUUAUUGAAAUCAAUGAUGCUCAGCACGCUUUUGUUAGAGACGAGUCUAGCAAGGGCAGAUAUGACCCUGCAGUCACCAAAUUGUGUUUCGAAUGGUUGUUGGAGUUGUUUAACCUGGUAUAUUCUAAGAUCAUGAGACCAUUAAAGUUGAUGGGCCACGAGCGUGCCUUGACCCAAGUCAAAUAUAAUAGGGAAGGUGAUUUGCUUUUUUCAGUUGCCAAGGAUAAUGCAGCAUCGAUAUGGUACUCAUCAAAUGGUGAAAGAUUGGGGACGUUAGAAGGACAUCAGGGUGUGAUUUGGUCGAUCGAUGUUGACCCUGAGACUUUACUAUGUGCUACGGGAGGAGGUGAUUUGCAAGUGAAGUUGUGGACGGUUGAGAAUGGGAAAUGUGUUUAUUCAUGGAGUUCCCCCUCGCCUGUUAGAAGAGUUGCUUUUUCACCUGAUGGAUCGAAAUUAUUAGUUAUUGCUGAUCAAGUGAUGGGUCAUAUUGGUACGAUAUCUGUGUAUGAUAUAAAUCGAGACGUCUCAACUAUAACUCAACAAUCAGAAACGCCUUCGUUGGUCAUAGAAACUGAGCCUAAUGGAUCAAAAGCUACAGUUGCUGGAUGGUCUGAGAAUGGCGAAUUCAUUAUUUCCGGUCACGAUAACGGACUUGUAAGCAAAUACGAUUCUCGAACAGGUGAGUUGAUUUCCAGCUUACAGGCGCAUGGUAUACAUAAUGAGGAGAAAGCCGUUGGUGUGACAGAUAUACAAUUUGCAUUAGAGGAUAGAUCUUACUUCAUCACUUCAUCGAAGGACAAAUGCGCCGUAUUGAUUGAUGUCGACACAUUUGAGAUAUUGAAGGUUUACAAAGCUGACGCACCGAUGAAUGCGGCAGCUAUCACUCCAGUUAAGGAUUUUGUCAUAUUGGGAGGAGGUCAAGAAGCUAGAAAUGUUACUACUACUGCCGAGUCGCAAGGUAAAUUUGAAGCUAGAUUUUACCACAAGAUAUUUGAAGAAGAGAUUGGUCGUGUUAAGGGACAUUUCGGUCCUCUUAAUACUGUUGCAGUGCAUCCGGAUGGAACAGGAUACAGUAGUGGAGGAGAAGAUGGGUUUAUAAGAGUUCACACUUUUGACAAAUCAUACCGGGAUUUUCUUUUUGAUGCUGAGAGAACUGAAAAAGCUGCAGCAGCAGGUACAAUCUAA